AUGGGCAAAGUUACCGGCUUCGAUAUUGAUACUGCCCAUUUCACUGGGAAUCAUGCUCCUUUUGCUAGCGUUGAGGCUUGCUAUUCUCCUAAAUCCGAUCCUAAACAUGGGGAUGAUACUGAGUGGUCUGAAAUCCUUGAAAAAGUUUCUCUUGACCCGAGUUCUCAACAUUUUUUCUCCAUUCAACCAAGUCGUACGUUUACUCACGUAAGACUUAAUAUUUAUCCAGAUGGUGGCGUGGCCCGUUUCCGUGUAUACGGUAUUGUAAGUGUACAGUGGCCACAAGAUCUUUCUUCUUUGACCGAUCUUGCUUACUUAGGGAACGGCGGAAAAAGUAUCGCCUGUUCCGAUCAAUAUUUCGCUAAAGUUGAUAACUUACUACUACCUGGUCGUGGGACAGAUAUGAGUGAUGGCUGGGAAACGAAAAGAAGCCGAGAGAAAGAUCAUUGUGAUUGGGCAAUUAUCAUGUUGGGUGCUCCCGGAUUUCUCGAACAUGCUGAGAUCGAUACUGCCUUUUUCAUCGGAAAUUACCCUCAAAGUGUCUCCUUAGAAGCUUGCUAUUCAGAUUCGGUUGAUGGUGGUUUGAAACGAUUGCGAAUUUUUGGUCGUAGACAACCACCACCCGAAGAAUUCACCUCUCCGCAAUCUUCAUCGACCAAUCAAUAA